CGUUGUUUAGAGUUGAAUUUGGAAAGUGGACAGUCAGGAAUGUCCACUCUUAACCGCAGUCACUAGGCUAAAACCUUCUGGAUAUAACAGACAGAGGGAAAAUAACGCAGAUAUCAGAAAGCAGCCGCAAUGAGUAAAGUUGCUAAGUUGUUUAAGAGGACUUCGAGUUCCUCUGGAAGUAAAUCGAGUUACAGCUCGAGCUCGAAGGGGAAACACCGCUCGCGCUCAGGCCCGACGCCUCAGGAGGCGAUUCAUAAACUGCGCGAGACCGAGGAAAUGCUCACCAAGAAACAGGAGUAUCUCGAGAAGAAAAUCGAGCAGGAAAUAAUGAUUGCAAAGAAGAACGGCACAAAAAACAAAAGAGCUGCACUUCAGGCUCUGAAGAGGAAGAAACGUCUUGAGCAGCAGCUGACUCAGAUUGAUGGGACGUUGUCCACCAUUGAGUUUCAGCGGGAGGCACUAGAGAAUGCCAACACAAACACAGAGGUCCUGAAAAACAUGAGCAUGGCUGCUAAAGCUAUCAAAGGAGUCCAUGAAAAAAUAGAUAUGGAUAAUAUUGACUCUCUCUUGGAGGAUAUCACAGAGCAACAGCAAAUAGCUCAGGAAAUUAGUGAUGCUAUUUCACAGCCUUUCGGAGAUCAGUUUGAUGAGGAUGAGUUGUUGGCUGAGCUGAAAGAGCUGGAGCAGGAAGAACUUGAGGAAAGUAUGAAAAACAUGGGCAGGCUGCCCAGUGUACCAGCAUCCAAACUACCCAGCACGAGACCUAGUCAUCGUACAACAACUAAGAAAAGAGGGGAGGAUGAAGAUGACAUGAAGAUGUUAGCAGCCUGGGCUUCUUAGUCAUCCAAAAACACACACAUAUACCAUGCACACUGGGCUGGGAAAAGGCUGAUAGUUUAAGAUUUCAGGACAUAAUGAAAUUCCAAAUUCCACACUUUUGACAACACAUAUUGUAAAACACAUUUAUUGUAAAAAUGAAGUAUCGGCUGAAUGAAGGAUUGUAGAGAAUUGCUUGUAAAUAGCAUGUCAUUUAAGGGUUGAUGGGCAACAAUAAAGGGAGGACACUAUAACUGGUCUGAAAAGCAAAUUAUUUUAUUUGUUUUGUUUUUUAUUUAAUAAUUUUUCAAUCAAAGUGUUCAAAUUUGUCCAAUUAAAAGUUGUUUUAACAAGUUUUUUUUCACUGCCUGUCAGUUAAUGAACAAAAGUAACAUUGUUACUGGUAGUAAAUGUGCUUCCGAUCCAGUUAAAAAGACAUACAUAGAUAUUGAAUUUUGGUAUUCCAUGUGGAUACACCAAUCAUAUAUGAUUAUAAAUUUACAGGAAAGUGUAACAACCAGAGUAAUUACUGUACACACUGAUCUAAAGAGCAAUGACAACUUUUACUUUUCAUAAUACGCUUCAUGUUUGUGUGGAAUUGCUCAGUGUCAUAAAAUAAAAAGUGUUAAUGUA